AUGAAGUUCUCCAAGGCCUCCGCCCUCGCGCUCAUGCUGCCGGCAGCAUCCGCUCGCCACAUUCUCAAGGAAGAGACCGACAACGUCGUCCUCUACCCCAACGAGAUCGAGCAACAGACCUACCUCAUCGAGCUCGCUCCUGGCAACACGAGAUGGGUCACCGAGGAGGAGAAGUGGGAGCUUCGCCGCAAUGGCGAGCGCUUCUUCGACAUCACCGACAACCAGGACCUCGGCGCCACCCGUGUUCAUGCCGACUCAAAGAAGGCCGUCUUUCCCGAGAAGUGUACCCAGCAAGACAACGUCAAGCCUAUCCUCGACGAUCUUGACAAGAGCAACAUCAAGAGGCGCCUCGAAAAAUUCACAAGCUUCCACACGCGAUACUACAAGUCUGACUACGGUCGCCAGUCGUCCGAGUGGCUUCUCAGCGAGAUCAACUCCAUCAUCAAGGACGCCGGCGGUGACAAGCAUGGCAUUUACGCCCAGCACUUCCCACACACCUGGCAACAGAGCUCCAUCAUCGCCACCAUCCCCGGCAAGACCAACAGCACUGUUGUCAUUGGCGCACACCAAGACUCCAUCAACCUCUUCCUGCCCAGUAUCCUCGCUGCGCCCGGCGCCGACGACGAUGGCAGUGGCUCCAUGACCAUCCUCGAGGUCUUCCGCGUCUUCCUCGGCGUCAAGGACGUCCUCAAGGGCAAGUCGGAGAACACCAUCGAAUUCCACUGGUACAGUGCCGAGGAGGGCGGCCUUCUCGGCAGCCAGGCCAUCUUCUCGCGGUAUGAGAAGGACGACCGCGACGUCAAGGCCAUGCUGCAGCAGGACAUGACUGGAUUCGUACAGAGGACUAUUGAUGCUGGCCGUCCCGAGAGCGUCGGUGUCAUCACUGACUACGUAAACACUGGCCUGACUGACUUUAUCAAGAAGGUCAUUGUUGAGUACUGCGACAUUCCCUACGUCGAGACCAAGUGCGGAUAUGCAUGCUCGGACCACGCGUCCGCAAGCAAGGCCGGCUACCCGUCGGCCUUUGUCAUUGAGAGCUCCUUUGAGGACUCGGACAACCACAUUCACUCGACCGAUGACCUGAUCAAGUACCUGUCGUUCGACCACAUGCUGCAGCACGCCAAGAUGACGCUCGGCCUCGUGUAUGAGCUGGGCUUCACCGACUUUGCCGCUCUCGAACACAAGAGCGAUGGGGUUGUUUUUGAUGACUUGUAA